GCGUUGAAGAUGCUUCGAGCUAUUUUUGGUUACUGUCAUAAAUCGUGCGAAACGUACAAUAUAUAAAACAAAAAGAUAUAACUUCAUUUGUAGCCGUUAGUGACACAGUUGACAAAUAUUUUCUUUUCGAAGUCGUAUUGAAAUGUAAACACAACUGUUUUCGGAAUAUUUGCGGCCAGCAUUCAAGGGCCAUCUUUCAACAACAAGAACAAUAGCUCAACAUGCGAUGUCGAGCAAGAACAGCGUAUUCACUGACUAUCACAUCUUUUCUAUUGAUACUGGUUGGCUGGAUCAUUCCAUUUUGGUUUGGACGAUUCUACGAAAGUAGCCAAUCAAAGAAGCAGUGGGGAUUGUUUUAUGUCAUCUUGUGUGAGAUUGGCAACUGUACAAACGUCGCUGGUGUUCUAAACAAAGCAAAUGUUGACUUUGGAGGUGCUAAAUCGCCAAUCAUUUUGGAAGCGAUAUCAGUUUUAGCAACAGUUGCAUUGGCUCUUUGUUUUCUUGGUCUAGUGAUAGUGAUAAUAUUCCAUUGUCACGUGUGUGGAAGGAAAUACAGUUAUCAUAACUAUGUCACUGGUGCGGCCAUUGUACAAUUUAUAGCAGCUACUUUCGUCUUCCUGACAAUUAUAUUAUCGGCCAUUUCAACAAGUGUGUUCUUCUCACAAACGCCAAUGGAUGAUGUCAUAGAAUUUCCAUGGUCUUUAUUGUGUUUCUGUAUUGGAGAAGUGCCACUGAUUUCAUCGGCUGUUAUUUAUUUGUUGAUAACUUGCCGAUGGAAGAAAUAUAGACAUAUUUAUGCAAAGACACGUUACAUGUUCCAUACCUUAAAUGGCCAUGGUAACGGUCUACAUAGAAGCAACGAGCCACUUCCUGAUUAUACUUUGGACCAUAGAUACCGCUAUAAACCAUACAACCGCGAUUCUUUUAUAGGAUAUUACCGAGGAAGUCGAGACGAUAACGAUUCAGCAAAAAGAAGUACGCAUCAAAGAGAUUAUUACUUUCCGCGAAGAAGUCCGUGGGAAAAGAGCAGAUAUUACUAUACCUAUCCAUAUAAUCCAGCUAAGAUUAACAGCUCAAACAGAAAACAAAACAGACAUGUUCCAAGCAAUACUAUAAACUCAGAGUAUCGAAGGUCACGUCCUAAGAGUUUUAACGGUGAUAACUCAGAAAAUCCAAGGGUGUGGCAUACUGCAGGAAACUGGGAUACUUCUUUGGAGAAGAAAAUGGAAGCACAUAGGGAUAUUUAUAUGUACUUGUAGAAUACAGGAAAAUAGUGCUCAGAAGACAUACCAGCCAAACUCUGAAAAUGAAGUGAUUCCUUUAGGUUUUAGACAAAGUGGCAAGUAUCUAAUAUAAAAUGAAUUAAACGAAAUAUUAGUACUAUUUCUUUAUUCAAAGUAUGAAUUACAUGAUAAAGCAGUUCAAAAAGCAAUUUACAAGUGAUUGCUGUAACUGGCAAGAACUUAUGUUAUCAAGUA